AUGGCUAUUGCUAUUGCCAUCUAUCAUAAAGGCUUGAUUCCAGUUAGCAAAGCUUCGAGGACCCUCCUUGAAGGAAUCUACGGUCUAGGGAAGGCUGGCCAUAAAAGAAGGUCCCCUUUUGCAGAAGGAAAGACUUCACACUUCUCGAAGCUCCUGCUCCCUCCCUCCAUAUCCAGCGUAAAGAAACGAGGUAAUCGCCGUUGCAUCGCCUUGAGUCCAGAGCCUGAUCUUUUUACCGAUAACCUGAUUGGACCGUUUGCCCUAAAUGCACUUUCUACCUUCCCCCCUUUCUUUCCUCCUCCUCCCCCUCCUCCUGCCCACUCCUCCUCCUCCUCCUCCUCCUCCUCCUCCUCCUCCUCCACCUCCUCCCCCUCCCUCCUCUCCCCUGCUCACUUCCCUGCUCAUCCUCCUCCUCCUCCUCCUCCUCCCCCUCCUCCUCCCCUAUCUCCUCCCCCACCCCCCUCAUCCCCCCUCCUCCCCCUCCCCUCCAUCCUACUCCUCCCUCCUCCUCCUUCCCUGGUAGCGUCCCACAAUUCAAUACUCGGAACACAGCACCUUCUCGAAAACGUCCUCAGAAGUCUGUCAGUCAACCAGGCUGUUACUGAGUACUCUCCAAGGACCCUCCAAAUCCUCAUAGUACCCUCACAGUACCCUCCAAGUACCUCAAAGUACCCUCCGGACUCCUCAAAAUCACCCUCACAGUACCCUCCAAAUACCUCAAAAGAUGAGGUGGAGGAGGAGGUGGAGGAGGUUGAGGAGGAGGAAGAGGUUGAGGAGGUUUUUGUGAGGGUUUGUGAGGAGGCGGCGAGAGAGCCCAAAGGGAACGGCUCCGACAAUCGCCCCUCGCAGUUUUAUGUUGACUUGCUUGAAAGGGAGACGGGAUCUGCUGAAGGUUUGUGCACAGAAUCCCUUAAAGUUCUGUGCACAGGAUCCCCAGAAUCCCCUGAAGGUUUGUGCGCAGAAUCUCUUAAUUGUUUGUGCACAGAAUCCCCAGAAUCCCUUGAAGGUUUGUGCAUAGAAUCCCCAGAAUCCUCUGAAGAAUCUCCAGAAUCUCCUGAAGGUUUGUGGACAAAAUCCCUUGAAGUUCUGUGCACAGGAUCCCCUGAAUCCCCUGAAGGUUCAUGCAUAGAAUCCCUUAAAUGUUUGUGCACAGAAUCCCCAGAAUCCCCUGAAGGUUUGUGCACAGAAUCCCAUAAAGUUCUGUGA